AUGCAGCGCGUCUCGGCUCUGCUCCCUUCGUGGGACCGCCGCUCCCGAUCGAACAGCACGUCGUCGGCCAAGGUACCUGCAGCCCUCGACAAGGUUUUUGGAUGGGCCGAAAAGAUUGCCCCUGUCAAUCGCAUCAACACGGCUGCCGCUGCACCCGCGCGGUUCGGCCGUGAGACGUACUGGCCGACGGCGCUCGACCGUGAAUGCGACAAGGCAGCUAGAAUUCUCAAGUCGUUCUGCUGUGAUGGAUUCCUUGCCCAACAGUCGACUUCAACAGGCGCGGUAGACUCCCGCUCGAGCGCGGCCUACGUUACACAAAAGAUUCCGCCACGGAUAAUACAAAAUGCAGUCGGCCUGGCCGUCUUCUCGUGUAUGCGAUCGGGUCUCUGGAUGUCCGGAUCUGGCGGAGCCGGUCUGAUCACGGCCCGCAAGGCUGACGGGACGUGGUCGCCGCCUUCGGGAAUAAUACUCCACACUGCUGCAUUGGGCUUUGUGAUUGGAGUCGAUAUUUACGACUGCGUCCUCGUCAUCAACAGUGUCCAGACCCUGGAGUUGUUCACACGCCCAAGACUAACGCUGGGCAUCAACGUCAGCCUCACAGUGGGGCCCCUCGCCCCAGUCGGGUCGCUGGAUCAAGAUGCCCGAUGGAACGGGCUCGACGAUACCGUCUUAACAUAUGUGAAGGCUAGGGGCAAGCAUCAAGCUGUGGAACUAGGGGGUUCCUUAGUCACCGAGCGCGGCAACGAGAAUGAGAGGUUCUACUGUGGCAAUGUCGGUGUGCUGGAUAUUCUCGCUGGCAACAUCCAGAAGAGCAUUCCUGAAAUGCGUCCACUAUUUGAGGUCAUCAAGGCUGCCGAGGGCCGCUCCGAUUACGACACCGCCUUGAUGGCCAUGCUUGCACGGCAGCCGGCACCUGGCGAUGCUGUGAUUGAGAGCCCCAAAACGUCACCAUCUUCAAUCCCAAAGUCGCCGUUUGGCAUUCCCGAACCCGAGGAUCCGGACCCGUUUGGCGUCAUCGGCCUUGAGAUGGCGGGUAUAGAAAUCAGAGAAGCAGGAACGCACCAGCGGCCGACAAGCUCGCAAUUUGAGUUUAAUCCGAGCCCAACGAGUCCCGUAUUUGCUAGGUUCAGCCGCCAGAGCAUUGACACGUACCUUUCACGAAGCAACCGAGGCAGCUGCAUGUCAGCCAAAACCGUGGCCACCGCAAUGACGGACGCCGGGACCCAGACAGACGUUGGGAGCAGUCCCGAGACGAGUGUCAGCCGUGCCAAUAGUGACGACGGACGGGACAACACACCAGAGAAGCUGCCGACUGUUGUGGAGCCUGAAGAGGUUGACUAUACUAAAAUAGACACAAGCGCGAUUGAACAGUUCCGUCGUCGAUCGUUUGAAGAGCCAACGAUGACCGCCGUGGUUUCGGCUCCGAGGGCUAAGCCCGAGGUCGUUGACCAAGGCGUCAACACGGACAAGUCAGAAGUCGAUUCCAACGCGCCGGCUGCGGAUGAGCGGGACGAAGACGCUGAUGAUGAAGAGGAAGAAGAAGAAGACGAAGAAGAGCCCAUCAUCUGUGAGGUAGCCACCACGGCACAGCCCACCCGCGUUGCUAUUCGGUCGCCCCAGAUCACCCAGGUUAUCCAGGCCAAGGGUGCCAUAGUUACCAUUCCCAAGAGGAUACCCCCUCCCCUCCCACCGAGGAGUCCUGCGCGGACGUCAAGAGCAAGCAAGAGCGAUUUUGGCGGCGACGUGGCUGCCUUGAAAAGCCCGCUCCGAGGCUCGUUCCUUUCGACCGAUCUUCCGACAGAAACAGACUACACGCAACAUCCUAGCGAUGGAGCCGCAGAUAACUCAUCCGCCGAGACGGUAGAGCCUGAGGUCCACGGUCACAGAAACAACUCUUCAUUGCCUGCGGCAGAAGAUAUAACCGUGGAACAACGCCGGAGCACAGACAACUCGUCCCAGGAGCCGCGAACACCUUCAGCACGGGAGCUUGCUUCGUCUGCGGAAGAUUCAGAGCGGGAGCCGCGGACACCCCAAAUCGAGAAAGAUUUUGUUGGCCUCGAGAGCGAGAAGUCCGACAUGGGUAGAGUAAACGGUGUGAGCAUUGUCUCGCAUAAUUCUGAGUCGAACUCGGUUCUAGUUGCAUGA